CGCGUUGCCACCCUGUGAGUGUUUAUCGACAAAAAAAUUGACAGAAUUUUAUAAUUUUGCGCAAUUUUUGUGUUUACUUGAGCUAUAGAUAGUAAUUUGUGCUUGAGCCCCUUCCCAGUGUGUAAUUUUGGGACUAACCCCUUUGAAAACACUGCAGCUAGUAAUAACUGAACUUUGGAACGCUGGCGUUUGAUUUUUCCACAACCACAGAAAAUGGGCCGUAAAUGUGGCGUAUUGGACUGCUUGUCUGACUCAAACCGGCGUGAGGACACCGGAGUAACGUUCCACAAGGUCCCAAGCCAUGCUGACACGCGCCAGAAGUGGAUAACUUUAUGCCGCAUCCCGGAAGACAAAAAAACUACGAAAGUGAUUUAUAUUUGUUCCCGUCACUUUCUACGCAUGGAUUUUUGUAACUUCAAGGGAAAGAAGUACAUCUUGCGUCAGGGCGUGCUCCCGAGUGUGUUCCCUUGGGAUAAGUCCAAACUGGAAGCUAUUAAAAGCACAAAGAAUGAACCUGAGAAAACACAAGAGGAAGCAGAUGAGAAGCAAGCCGAUGAUAACAAAACUGAGACUGAGGAUGCUCCUAUCAAAGAAGAAUCUGAAGAAGUAAAAGAAGACAAAAGUGAAGAUGCCCAAUCAACGGAGCCGACAAAAACUAAAGAGAAAGAAGAAGCCAAAGAAAAAAUUAGAGUGAAUGCUAACGGGCCUAUAAAUUUUGCGAUAAAUUCUCGAAUCGAGGCAUUGGACAACAACAAUAUAUGGUACCCUGCCAGAAUAGUGGAGGAGGAUUAUGAGGGAAACGAGGUGUUGAUUCACUUUGAGAAGUUCUCUAGUAAAUACGAUGAGUGGAUUUGCAUGGACAGCCCCAGAUUAAGGCCCCUGCAGCCACACUCUAAGAAAACCAUCCAGCAGUUCACUGUUGGGGAACGCUGUCUGGCGGCCUGGACUGGCAAUAGAAAAUUUCCCGCUACUAUAACAAAAGUUUUGCCAAAUGAUACGUAUGAGGUUUUAUUUGACGAUGGCUUUGUUAAGAACUUGAAAGCCCAUCUCAUUUGCAAAACAGAAGGUCGCCCAAUGCAGUCUUCGCCACUGUUUGACCCCAUCCAAAGUUCCAAACAAGAACGUCGGGAGAAGAAGCGAAAAAUUAACAUUGCUGCACUGUUUGGGAAACGUCCUCGAUUCGACGACGAAAAACCAAAAACUCCAAGCCAUUCUCACAUUUCACAACCACAAAACAGCACAGAUUCACCUGACGAAAUAGUCUAUGAACCUUGGGUGCCACAGUGGGAAGAUGGAAAACCAGUGGGUAUAGAUUCACAAAUUGAAACUACCGAUGGGACCAGAAAAUCAAUCGUUGUUCCGGAUCCACGUUUGCCGGAAGGUUGGACUAAACAUUUGGCGCAAAGAAUGCAUGGGGCUUCGGCAGGCAAAUGGGACACCAUUAUUGUCAGCCCCGAGAAUCGCCGAUUUCGGUCAAAAUCCGAGAUAAAAUCGUACUUGGAAGACACCAAACUGAUGAAAUACAACUGGUCUAUGUUCGACUUUACGAUUCAUCGUCCGCGAAUUCGUCGAAAAGAACCCGAAUUACCGCCGAAUUACGAGCAUGAAGUUCUCCCUGAACAACCACCGCCUGAGAACGAUGAGAGCUCCGAGUUGGCCCCCGAGGAAGAAGAAAAUAAAAGUCUCCUUAAAAUACCAAUUGUCGACGACGGUUACCAAUGCCCAAUUGACGGUUGUGGAAAAACAUUCCGGAAAGAGAAUUUAGCGCAAAUGCACGUAAAACAUUACCACCCCGAGUACAUGAAAUUCCUAGACUCGACUCCGAACGUUGCCGACUUAGCUUACGCUCGCACCGUGGGGGAAUCACUCGAUAAGUCCCCCGGAAGCAAGCCUCCGGUUGUUAAGCCGGUCCAAAAGUCCGCACCUCCACGAUCUGCCACCAAACCCCUCGACUCAGACAAACCACACUCGCCACAAACACACAAAACGAAAGACUCCGAGAUUAUCAAACUGUUAAACACGAAAACGGCUGAUAGGAAAGAGAGCGAACCGAUUAAUUCCGGUCUGCCGUCGAGUACGUACCCGGAUUUUAAGCUAAAAGACCUCCUGAAUAAGUCGGAAGGUAUUCCAAGCCGUGAUGAGCUGAGUCUUCGGGCUCUGAGCGCAACUAGACCCUCAACGGGAAUUAAAACUUUGCUACCUGUCAGACCGGAAAAUAAGACAAGUCAGCCGUCGCCGGAGUCAGAAAACGUCACAAACAAAUUAAAGUCAAGCUUGAAGCGUAAGCGGGGAUUGGUCGACUCGGUCGACAGUCCUAAAGGUAAUGAACCACCAGAAAACAUCUACAUUCCACAGGACACGCCGCCACUUCCUCCCGAACCUAAUAACAUUAUCAUUGAAGGUGGUAAGGUGAUCAAAAUUGUGAGAAUGAAACAGGAAGAGAUCAUCAACUGCACCUGUGGCUACACCGAGGAGGACGGCCUUAUGAUUCAGUGCGACUUGUGUUUGUGUUGGCAGCACGCGUUUUGCAACAACAUCGAGCGCGAAAGCCAAGUACCGGAGAAGUACGUGUGUUACAUUUGCCAAAAUCCCGUGCGGCAAAGACUCUCGAAGAAGUACUUCCAUGACCAGGACUGGCUCAAGCAUGGCGUGCUUGCCACAACGAGUUUCCACACCAAAGACGAGGAAAUGCUCAGUCGGAGAUUCGACAAGUUGAAGAAGUCGCACGAUAUUUCCGGGGGGCUGCUCGAAGUGCGGGAAUUCGUCAAUGCGUUAAAGGUUAAAUUAAAAAUCGCCGAGGCGAAAAACCACCCGAAAUUGUACCUCUGGUCCAAGCCUUGGGAGAAAUUACCCUUGCCUGAGAAGUGCGAAGAUGAAAAACCGAAGGAAAUUAAGAGCGAGGAUGAGAUUAAGACGGAAAGUCCGACCAAGACAGAGCCCGGUUCCGAGUCGAUGUUGAUGAUGAUGUUGAAGAUUCCCAAAGAGGAGAGUGGUGCUGAUGAUAGUCUUGAUAAGUUACCGCCUCCGAUUAUACCGCAGCCCGAAGCUGCGAUUGAUUCGAGUGUCUGUCGGGUGAAUUUACUCGAACAUAUUGCACAUGCACAGUCACUGGUCGAAGAGAGAUUGGAUGAUUUUGAAAAACAGAUCGAACAGCUUGAAGAUACCUCAAUGUAUGAGAGCGAUGAAGAUUACCCAAGGACGCGGCAAACGCUGAAUAUGCUGCUUCGAGAUUUGAACACAUUACAAGAGUUGAGUCAGUUGACGACGUUAUGAUGUUAUUUUAGAGUUUUGUUGUUGUGUUUGAAAUGUGUCUGUUGAAGACUAAUAAAUAUUUUUAACAGUU